AUGUCUAAUUAACCAUUUCAAGUAUAUUUGAGAAUCAAACCUUUAUUGGAGAGCAGGUAAAAUGUGCAUGCUUAUUCAUUUAGUACAGAAACUUUAAUUGAAGAUUUGAAUGACAAUAGAAUUGUAAUAAGAAAAGAUGGUAAAAAUAGUAAAUCCUUUGUAUUCGACAAGAUAUUCAGUGGGGUUCAAAAUAAUGAGGAUAUUUUUGAUCAAUCAUUAAGAGUAUAUAUAUAUUAAUAAUAAAAGCAUAAUCUGGAUCACUUUGUUGAAGGUUACAACACAACAAUUUUAGCAUACGGAAUAACUGGUUCAGGUAAAUCUCACACUAUUUUCGGAAACGAAAAAGACGAAGGAUUGUCAUUUAAAUGCAUCAAUUAUUUGGUGAACAGAAUGAAGUACAUGAGGUUAGUAAACUGAAUAUUAAUUGUUAGUCCAGAAGCUAAUGUCUAGAUGGAAAUGAGUUUCAUCGAAGUCUACAAUGAAACCAUUCGAGAUUUGAUGUCAGACUAGCCAAAACCUCUCAUGAUUAUGCAAGACAAUCAGAAGGGGUCCUAUAUUCAAGGCCUAUAAGCAAUUAAAAUUAACAGCAUAAAUGAUGUAUUGUAUUGUAAAAUUUACCAUUAGGUCAAAGAAGGUAUCAACAUAGCCAAUUAAAAUCGGAGUUUAGCUUAAACCAUAUACAAUGUGUAUUCGUCAAGAUCACAUGCAUUAAUAUAAUUUAACCUAUCUUAUUGUUUUGAAGGGUAUAAUUAUUGGUAUUCUAUCAUUAGACAAACCAUUACACCGAAACUCUUUAUUGUGGAUCUAGCAGGAUCAGAACGUGUCUAUUAGGAUCAAAAGAGUAAGAAUCAAUAGGAGGGUUCAAAUAUCAAUAGAUCACUUUUAGCCUUGAGCAAUUGUUUGACCAUCUUAUCUGACAAAUCUAAGAAAAAUUAACAUAUUCCUUAUAGAAACUCAAAAUUAACAAGAUUACUACAGGAUUCUCUAGGCGGAAAUACUAGAACUAUAAUGAUCUCUUGCAUAUAAUAAAAUAAAUGUCAAUAUGAUGAAAUAUUAAACACUCUGUAAUAUAGUAGCAGAGCCACUCAAAUAAAGAAGUAAGUGUAAAAGUCUUUGCAUCAAUAAAUAAGUGAGGAAAAGAUCAUGAUUCCUUCAAACAUCAACGACUCUGAGAUGAGCACUAAACAGUUGUAUUUAACUAAAAUCUAUAAUGACAUUUACAGUAAUAUUGAAGAGUAUCACGAAAUUAACAAUUCGCUCAUUGAAAUACAGAACAAUAUUCUUUAAAAUCAGUAUCAAAUAGAGGAAAUCUAUUCUAUGAGUUUGUAAAACAAUCUAAAUUCAAUAAAUGAUGAUCAAAUGUAUCAUAAUUUAAUGAUUGCUCAAAAAUAAAACUAGGAAAUCGAAUAAUAAUUACAAAAUGCAUUGAAAGUCAAUUUAAAAUAAAAGCAACUUCAGAAAUCCCUAUUACUUCAAAUAACUGAGGAGUAAUAAUAAUACAUAGAUUAUUGGAAAAUCAAGUAUGAGGAAUCACAAAAAGAAAUAUCUGACUUGAAAUAAGUUCUAUGCACAAAAGUAUUAUCAUAUUAUCAUUUAGAAUGAGGAUAUACAUUCAAAGGAAUCCUAAAUUUAAUCACAAUAAUUAUUGUUGGAGUAAAUAAAGACUAAAAAUCCAUCCUUAUAUACAACUAAUAAUGACUCUGACUGCUCAUAUCCUUCAUCCUUUGCCUCAUCUACAAGUACUUCGUAAAUCAAAAAGAAAUCAUCGUUAACUCAUCUAAACAUUCAAAACACCUUAUCCUAAUAGUCCUAAUUAUUUGACAUGAUCGAUCGACCAAGAUUUUCAAAUCUAUCUCACAUAAAAUAAAUACUGGCAUCGAGAGAACGUUCUCCAGUAAAUUCAAUAUUUAGAUAAUCUCCAAUCAGAUCCCCUCUGAGAAAAAAACCAUCAAUUCGAAAUAUUAGUAUCCUCAUCAUUUAUAUAUUAGCCUCUAUAUCGAAAGUAGAACAAUCAGAGAUCUCUUAGAUUUCCUCAAUAAAAAAAUCCAGGCUUAUUAAUGAUCCAUAAAUAACAACAAUCAACUUAUACGGAAGUCAGUACAUAAACUUGAUUGACAAAGAAAAUAUUUCAUGAUAUUAUUAUUUUAUAACUUAA